AUGGUGUCACGGUCCAAGCCGACGGCGGCCGCCUACUCGGCCUCGCACAUGUCUGUGGCUAUCUUGGCGCUGUUGUCAUCCGCUGGCUUUUCACGUUCUUCGGCAGGCGCAGCAGACCUGCUGACCGAGGUCAUGCAGAGAUAUAUCCAGCUCAUAGGCUCGACAUGUGUGCAGCACGCCAACCAUGCCGGCCGCACCAUCGUCUCACCCCAAGACCUUCGUGCAUCCCUUGAACACAUUCUGGGCGGCGAACCCAUCGAAGAGUUGCUCGAGUGGGCCGAGGAGGAAGGCAGGGUGGCUGUACCAGAGCAAGGCUCACAUGCUGACACAGCACAAACGAACGGCGUUAGCGGGACCCAUCUCGAAAUCACAACCAGCACGACACCAGCAGCGCUGCAGGACCCCAUGCGAGGUAAGGAUCUCAUUCGCAUCCUUAACACCGGUUGCGUACCUCCGUCGACAGCGGACAUCGAAGAAGCACACUUCCGACCGAUACCUUCCGAAGAAUUCGAACAACUAGCAGCAGAAAGCAUCCUCCGCGAGCACAUGGCUAGGCGGCUUGUGUGGACUCCGCAGGAUGAAUCCAAGUCGGCCUCUGAAGUAGAACGGACUAGAGCCCCUUCGCCAACCUCUUACGGGGAGGCGUCCACACAAGGCUCCAGCUCAUCAGCAGAUCAUGAUACCCUAUUGUUCUCUGACAUUGAAGGGGACGAUGAAGACAGUGUUUCGUCCGACACCCUCGAUAGCAGCAACGGCCAAGCUCUACAACCACAAAAGCGCAGACGCGUCGAAACUGAGGCUUUCACCCACACACGCCGGUUUGGCCAGGCCGUCGUCGAUUACGUGCCAACCUACCUUCCGCUCUUCCCGGGAAUGGCAGCCAACGCAGGUGCAGAAGCAGAGAUCCCACAAUCUAGCGGGGUCGUCGAAACAAUCAAAGCAGAGCCGCACGAGGAGGUCUUUGUAAAGGUAGAGCCCGUGGACGUCGAUCCCGAGUAUGUGCUGGAAGAGCAGAGACGCAAAGAAUUGGCGCAAAAGAAGGCAGAUGAGGCUGCAGCAGCCGCAGCCACUGCCGCAGCCGAGGAGGCUAAGUUGCAAGAUGCCAACGCGGACGUAGGCGAAGCCGCACCCGUCGUUCAAAAGACAGCAGAAGAAAGGGCCGCCGAAGCUGAGAAAGCAUUCGAAGCGCUGCAAGCACGCCGGAUCUUACGAGACAGCUGGAGAGAGGGUGUCACGUAUGAUGCCUCGACGUUGGCGGCCACCUAUCCCAAGGAUGAGCUGCGCGAACUGGAGCAAAAUGUGGCAGAAAUCCUCAAGGAUUCAUCCAUCACAUCGAUCGCCCCGACAACCUCGUCGCUACGUGCAUUCGCCGCCGACUACCAAGCCUUGGUUGAGGACCCUACAUCGAGCAGUGCCGCCGGCAUCUACUUGACACCGUCCGGGCCUGCGCACCAGGAUGCAGCGAUCAAACGCAAAAGGCUGGCGCACGCUCUGGCUGAUGCAUCGCGCUACGCACCCAACGACAGCCUGUACGCUGCUGUGGCAGCUCGACCGUCAGUGGUUCCCUUCAACCCGGGACCGAGCUGGCUCGUUUCGACGCUGCCACCGCCGACGCUGUACGAGGACAAUAUCGAGGUCGCCAACGCGCUGUCUGCACCCGUGCUCACGCCCGUGCGACCGCAAGGAAGACCAGCAGCCUUGAUUCCGCCUUCAGGGGCGCUCGUUCCGACACUGGGUCACCGGCAUCCUUCACACCUCACCAUCGGUGCGCGCGUUGUCGCCAGUGCGGAACUCCUGAAGCGCGUUUCACGCUACGACGACCCUGUGCCGAUCUUGGACGACAAGCACGCGGAACGGUUCUUUCACGGUCUGCCCGCCUCGCGCGAUCUUCUCGGUGGUUCCGGCUCGAGCAGCGAUCUUUCGUCGAACAUCUCGUCCACACGCAGCAGUGGCAGCGGGGGAUCUGGCAGCGGUAAUUCGACGCUUCGACCGGCGCUCGAAAAGCUGGUGCUGCAGAUGCGCGAGAAGGAGGCCCAGAUCUUGCCCGAGGAGGACAAGGAGGAGCUGCAGAGGCGACAGCAGGAGUUGCAGCUCCAGCUCCAAGCCGCGCUCGCGUCCGAGAACCGCGAUGGCAAAGACUCAGCUGUGCUCUCGUCGGGCUUGAUUGCCGACAGCUACGCUAGUCGCAUUCGCAACGGAAACAUCACCAUGGUGCACACGUGGGAUUGGACGCCGAGAGAUCCGUAUGAUACCAUGCUGCCCGCCAAGAAGGUGCGUGCGCCUGGCAGAAGAGGUGUGGGGCCAGUGGCGUUGGAGAAGCGGACGCGGACCGAGAGCUCCAACUCGGAGCCGGGCGAUGCUGCGGUCAACGGAAACGCCGCGCAGUGA